AUGCUUCAGCCGCCACUUCAGCCGCCGAAUUUCGACGCGUUGGAACGGAUGCCCGAGUUGGAGCGCUUGCGGCUCGACGUCAAGAUACCGAAAUUGAACAAAACCGCGACGACGAAGAAUCGAUUGGUCGCCCUCCCUGCGCUCAAGUCUUUGCAGGUCGAAGGGGGCUUCAGGGAAUGCCACGAUUUUCUGGAACAUGUGGUUCUCCCUAGAACUGCCAACCUCGAGUUAUCCAUGGACUAUUCGGUGCACGGCGAGCGGGGGAAUAGUAGUACCAAUACGGGAGUUCUCCCUCCUGCCCCGAAUUUUGCCAUGCCACUCAGGUUCAACCCCGAGCCCACAUUCACCACCGCUGUCGAAUGAACAUCAAGGAAUUACGGCUACCCCAGCUCCCUGUGGCUCUACCCUCGCCCCGAGCGUCUCGAUCCGUUCACCCGACCUGAUCGGUCCUACCUCGGAAACGUGUGUUAUGCCAUCCACAAACCGACCGACAACGGGCGUGCCAUUUUCAGGGCUCUCCCAUCCACCGACAUCCGGUCUCUCUCCAUUACAAUGUUUGACCAUAGCGAUUCUGCCGAGCUUGGCGCGGUGCUCUCAUUUCUACCAUCGGUGGAGGAGUUGCGCAUUGGAGAGAUGGAUGGUCUAUCAGUCCUUGAUGCUCUUUGCGGGGAUCCUGGAUUGGAUGACUCGAACGGACCACUACUGCGUCUUCCAGCCUUGAAGACCCUGGUUUUUGAAUGUGUUUCCAUCCUGAGCAGGCCUUGUCCCUGCAUUGACGUGGACGCAGAAGACAUCCAUCCGUUCCUGUUCGACGACCUGUUGUCACUAUUGAAAGCCCGGCGCGCGGUCUUGGGAUCGAAGCUCGAGAAACUGCAGUUCGAGGUCGCUUAUAAUUUGACGGCGUCGCAGGUGGCCCAACUGGAGAAUGUCGCAGAG